AUGCCAGCUGCUCGGGAUCAAUACGACGAACUGAAACAAGCUGGAUGCCAUAUCGGGCGUCGAGUAUGCCUAAUUGGGGUUGACGGGAAACAGCAUAUGGGAACUGUGCGAUAUAUAGGCCCCAUAAAACCAUGGCCCCGGAACGAUGCUUUGGGUGUUGAAUGGGACGACUUGGUUCGGGGAAAAAACGAUGGUUCAUUGGAAUACAAGGGACAAUUAUAUAGAUACUUCAAUACAAAGGGUGAUGAAAAGACUGGCAGUUUCAUUAAAUUGCCACAGGAGGGAAUAGCCGAUGAUCUUAUCCGAUUGGGCAAGGACCGAGUAUUGGUAGUGAAGGGACGCAGUUUUUCCAGCGCAUUGGAGUACAAAUAUGAUGAACUAGAUCAAAUAGGGCGGGCAGAAGAAGAAGAACAGAUAAUGAUUGGCACUAAAAAGGUGGAGAAAUAUGGCUUCGAUGAGUUGAUCAGACGUCAAGCCAACUUCAGUAGUCUUGAAGUGGUAUCGCUAGACAAUAUGUUGGUGAAUAACGAGUUUGAGAUCAAUCUCGUUGGUAGAUUAUUGAAAUCUGUGACCGAUUUGGAUCUUGGACACAAUCUAAUUUCUGACUGGAUGCAGGUGGUGAAGGUAUGUGACAAAUUGCAGACCUUGAAAACAUUACGAUUGGCUGGAAACAGAUUCCAUAUAGUUGAAAUAGCCGGUGACAAUCAGAUAGCCCGGCUUAUUAUCCCAUCAAACGAUUUGGAAGCUUGCAAUCUUUCCACGCUAAGCAUUUGCUUCCCCAACCUUUAUUACGUCGAUUUCUCAGACAACCGGUUUGUCCAAUUUCCAGAAACUUCGACUAUUGAAUCGAUUGAUCUAUCAUUCAAUCGAUUGGGAGGACGAAUAAUUUUGACAGGUUCAUCUCUACGUGCUAUAAAUAUUUCUGAUAACCAGAUCACAGGCUUAGAAGGUACCCUCACCUCCUUGAGAGUUCUGGAUUUAAGUCACAAUUCGAUCGACAGCGACUGGUCGUUCUUGGACACAUUCGAGGAGCAGUUCCCUCAUUUGGAAGCUCUAAAAUUGGACGGAAAUCCUCUUUUCGACCAGACAGAUUCUCAAAAUGGCUACGAUCAUUGCCUAAUGCAGAUUAUGGGUCGAGUUAGGACCAUUACCAAGAUCAAUGGUACAGAGUACUCCCCAGAAGAGAGAAACAAUUACGAGUUAUAUUUCAUCAGUAAAGUGAAGCAAGGAAAUACAACCAAACCAAAGAGGACUAUAUGGCAUUAUUUGUUGAAUAAAUAUGGACAAAAGGAGACUAACUCUGCAAUUGUCACUUCAUCAAUCAAACGACCAACAGAGAUUAGCGUGUUCAACAAUGAAAAACUCGUACUGAAGCAAUAUGUAUUUGCGGAAAAUACUACACUGGGAAAACUUAAGGGGAAGAUCAGUAAGAAACUAGGUUUAAGCGUACUUCAUUUCACUUUAUUCCGUAAACAGGCUGACGGGAUAGUUGAAAGACUAGACAAUGACCAGGAAUAUCUAAGCCAUCUAGGACUUCAAGUAGUCUACAUACAUACUGCGCCACAUAUGAUAUUGGAUGCACCGCCACACAACUGA